GUGGAGAGGCAGAGAGACUGUGGGCUUUCACCGAGAGCGAAAGGGGGGGAAGCGCGGCACCCACGGCACCUUCAUUGCUCUGGACCCUCUCAUCCAAAAGACGGCUGAAGGUAUGCCGCGACAUACGGCUGUGGGACUUUGAUGAUCUGGACAACGAGCUGGGAAUUACUGAAAAGAAAUCGAGCGCAGCUACUGCGCGGAGCUGAAGGCAUUCAGUGUGAACAGCUUAGCGCACAGGUUUUCCCUUGUGAUGCCUGGCAGGGUGAGGACAGUAAUACUGACUCGGCCAUUGUCUCAUCACUGGUUCCGGACACAGCGAGGCUCCCCGAGUGCCUUGCCUGUCCAUUGUGACUAGAGAACAGACGAAAGAUCCAGUUUGCCUGCAUAAAGACCUAUUCAGCAUCAUUCUUCUUUGCCAGCCACCUUUGUUAUACCAGGAACAAGAGUGAAGUCUUAGCACUCUCCUUAGCCCCUAGCCUUUCCCUCUGUCCCUUUGCUUCUAACGCCCUUAUCCCCAAUCCACUUCCCUGAACCCCUUUCCCACUCCCCAGGCCCAGUUUCAGCCCCAUUCGGAGUCCCAGAUGACUGCUCAGAAACAUCCGUUACCCUCCCACUCCGCACAAGCCUUCUUUCCUCUCCCUCCAGCCCCCGUGGCGCUUGGCACCGAUGCCCAUCACAUAGACAGAUGGAGCCAACCCUGACCCCUCUCUUCGCCCGUGGGGACGCCAAGAGAAUCAACGCCUGACUAGAGGAGAAGUGGGUGGGUGCGAGUGUAAAAGGGGGGGGAGACAGGAAGUACAGCAUUGCUUUGUCACCACGGCAACACAUCGUCUAAUCUCCCAUGGACUCCCCUUCAGCCCGUCCCGCCGUCCUCAGAUAAAAAAUGCACACAGCAGGAAAUUCAGCAGCAGGAGCAGAAGGAUCUAUCUUUUUUCUGACAUAUUUUUGCUUUGAUUAUUUGGCACUGAUGCCUUGUUCUACAUUUGUGCAGUAAGAGGAUGUGAAGAUUGAAAACAAAACCUCUAAAUAUAGUGAACAUAAUUUAGAGGAAAGUAAAUGAACUGCAAAUACUGAAGGAAAGGCUGUCUAUAGCACAACAAGUUUGGCUUUGAGCCCCAAACUUCCUCUUCCCCUCCAGUCUGUGUGCUCCAGAAUGAAUUCACAGAAGUUGCAACAGCCUGGCAAACAAUAUAUCAGCUUUUUUUUAAACAGCAUACAAGCCACUUCUCAUUGGGCUGUGCUUACCCGAAUAAAGCUGUUUUCUCUUUUUUUCCCCUGACAGUCAAAACGUAAUACGCAUUGCAUUCCAGUCCGAGCUUCCCUGGAUGUCAACGCAUGCUUUUAUCUGCUUAAAACGAGGCACUAAUGGCCGGUGAAAUGAAUUCAGCUGGCCAACAUAACAGAGGCGGGAAUACCGGAGUCCCAAAGCUUCCCAGGUGACUGCUACCAACUAACACUUUUGCCGAUGUGUGGAUUCUUUGAUUCAGAAACUAAUGCAUUAAGGAUGACUGGGAUCUGCCUCUGUAGCCGGUGUUAACUACAAGAAAAACUACAAGAAACUCCAUGAAUUUUCAGGAACAAUACAUCCAAACUAACUUUGUGGAACUUUUGAGUACAAACCAUUGUGGAUAAAAUACAAUACACUGAUCUCAGUAAAUCUUUUUGGAACAUUUUUGGGGAAUUACAUUUAACUUCUUUUUAGAUCUGCUAAAAAUUGAAAAUUUCUGGAUAAUUUUGAGCAAAUUCCCUCAUAAAGCUUCUGGAAUCUCUUGCUUGUCCUGAUUGACCUGCAGUAACCUUUGGUAGAUUUAAUUGGACCGAAGUAACCUUGUGGAUUCUCAUUCCCUCGUUGUGGUGGUUGCAUCCUUCUUCAGCAGGCUGGGAGUACCACUACAAUGCCGGAGCUGGACAACCUUCCCCCCGCAAGGGAAGCCAGGAGUCCUGAACUGGGCCUUAAUGGUCCAGCAGACCCAGCACAGAUUCAGCACAGCAUCCUAGAGGAACAAGUGGAGCUGUGGUGGUUCAGAGAUCCUGGGAAGUCUGUCCUCUGCUACUGUGUCGCUGUGAUUCUCAUCCUGGGUUGCGGACUCGGGGGCGUCGGCCUUCUUUCGACUACCACCAGCGUCUCGAGUGAGUGGCGGCUCGGCACGGGCACAGCUUUGUGCCUGCUAGCCUUGGGAGUCCUGCUCAAACAACUUCUCAGCUCAGCCGUGCAGGACAUGAAUUGCGUUCGGAGCCGACGGCGAAUCGACAUGCUAAAGAGCGGCGGUUUAUCCGACCUUCUAGUGGUUUUAAUUACCGGGCUGUCACUGUUGAUUUGUGGAGGGGUUCUACUGCAUCUGGCCCUUGCCAACCAUAUGCCAAAGCCUGGCCAAGCCCUUAAUGACAUGUACAUUUCUGGAGUGGUUUUGCUGGCUGGAGGUGGAGCUGCAGUUGUGGGUGUUGGGAUAUACUCUGUAGUGGUGAUCCUUCUUGAGAGGACGAGGCACGGACGGCGGUUUGUAGACCGGGUUUUGCACAUCUUCACUGUUUCAGGACAUAUGGACCGUCACGCUCGAAGAGAGACUACCUCCAGUUUGGCUAACCUUAUAUGAGAUGCAACCCCAAUAAAGCUUUUUUUUGCCCACUGGCUCAACUAAAUUAGAACUGGCUUCAUGCCCAGACACAGAUUCAUACCAUGCAUGCUUCGGCAGACUGUGUACGAGAUAAAAUAGUUGAGUGUGUAGUAUAUUCCUAGUGAACACGUUAGUUAUUGUCAGUCAGAUCUCUGUGAGUAAGGAUGCAAAAAUGGAAAAUGCCAGAAGAACCGAACACUGCUGUACAUGGUGAUGGUCUGCUUUUUAUCUAUAGUGGGUAAAUGUUACUCCAUUCUCACAGGACAAAUACUAAACAGCAUGGAGAAGACACACAGAACAACAACAAAAAAUAUUUAAGCCAGUUCUGAUAAAUUACAAGCACAAUUUUUAUCCCACAGGAGGAGCAAGCUGCAACUGAGUACAGCUAACCUACAGCAGGAGUAAAGUCCAUGAAUGAACUUUGAGCUAUUUCCUGUCUAUAAAUUCCAAGAACUGUAAGCCUACAACCAAACAAGCCCAUCUUGUUCUCUAAAAGAUGAAGUAAUGUUUUUUUGAGUCCUCAUUUGGAGGGCGGCACAUUCAAAUUUAUGCAUGUGAUUUGCAUCUGUGAUAAUUGACCAGGGACCACACAUCUGACCACUACCUGCUCACCGAGGCUCUCGUAGUUGCGGAUGAGAGUGUCAUCUGAAUGAAUGAAAUGGAAAUUGAAUAAGAUGGAAUCUGCAAGAAAUGGGACAGUAUGAACAUGAACAAAAUCCUAUUUAUAAUUUUUGAUUCAUAUCCCAUCCUCAUGAUCUUCGUGUAUAUGUGAAAAUAUUGCCUCUGCAGUUUCUGGGAUGAUGAAUACGAGGGAUUCUUUGGGAGUUUUAUUGCCUCGGUUUAAUAAUAAUUUAACAAAAUUCAUGCUGCGGAGAUAUCGUGUUUGUGGCAGCCUGUCAAAUGUGAUUGUUGGAGACUUGUAUCACAGCACUUUAGAAUGUAUGAAUAACUUGUGUUUUUUGUGCAUCAACACUGUACUGUCUUAAUUGUGACUCUCGCGGCGCUUUGUUAUCUUAAACCAGUGUUAAUCGAGAUUUUUGAUAUCGUCACGGCAUCGCAUUCCACUGUGUACUGUAAAACACUCAUUUAAAAUAACGUGGAGGUCAUAAAGAACAACCACCAAG